AUACAUUGGAAAACCAUUGGCUGGGGGAAUGACGUCUAAAAUCGCGCAGCCAUCUUUUUGCGGGAGGAGGUAAAAACAUAAAGCUGUAACAAUUUGUCAAGAAAGGAAGGAAGGGGGUAGCUCUGUAUUUUUCUUCAAAUUAAUUUCUACUACUUUGCAACUAGCCAUGACCGACAAUAUUGAAGGAGCAAGGACUACGGAUGAGACAUCGACUGAGGAACAACAGGAAAUGGAGGAUAAGGUGAUCAGCCCAGAGAAGAUGGAGGAGGCUAAGCUGAAGGCCCGAUACCCCAACCUUGGAGCCAAACCCGGGGGCUCGGACCUCCUCAGGAAACGGCUUCAGAAGGGGCAAAAGUACUUUGACUCCGGCGACUACAACAUGGCCAAAGCCAAGAUGAAGAACAAGCAGCUACCUGCUGCCAUGGCGGAGAAGACUGAGAUCACCGGAGACCACAUCCCCACCCCUCAGGAUUUGCCCCAGAGGAAACCCUCUCUAGUGGCCAGCAAGCUGGCUGGUUGAUGGCAGCCUUAAACAGCACUGCUUAGUUCUCAGUUCACUUUCAUUUCAUCUCUGUUAUCUUCAUCCUCUCAUGUUAGCUUUCAUUCCUUUUUUGUUUUUCACUUCCAUUGAUAAGAGCUCUGAAAGGAACAUUUUGAGAAGUGGGCAGAGUGCAGUUAAUAUAGUGCUGCUAAGGAAGGACUAGGGUGGAGUCUGGCAUACCAGCUAGUGACAGAAACGGUCAAAGGCUAUCCCGUCUGCUCAAAUGUUAACUGUACUGUAGUUGUUUUGAUUGGAAGUGUACAUACUGUAGUUCCUUGUGUGGAAGUUACGGGAGAAAUUAACAUUUUAGAACAUUUUACAUUUUACUGUACCAUUCCUUAUGUCCUCAUAUAAAUUAUGAAGUAAUGUGCUUGAAUGAUUUAAUAUAACCCCCACUAUUGUCAAUGCACUCUUUCUAGACACGGCCAUGUUCUUUGUUUUGUAUACCUUGGAAAAAAAAAGAAAAAAAAAAGACAAUUGGUCAAAAAAAUAAAAGAAUGGACCACACUGCUAUUGCUAGAGGGCCAUAUUAUUAAAGAGCAUGUGUGACACUAGGAUCUAAAAAGGCUGCUGUUUGUUUGCCUCCGAUUUUCAAUUACAAAAUGGCCUUAAACCCUCAGUCAGCGUUUUCACUCACCAAUUCUCUUGGGAAAUAUGUCCACUUGUGGGAAAAUCCGAGUUAACCUAGUUGGGAGUGUGCUGAAAAUGGAUCUGAAACCGGUCUCCUUUGGGUUUUGUGGCUGGGUAACUCACUAAAUGAAAUGUUUGAGGUGUGCAUGUGCAUUGACUGUGCAGUCACUUUUGUGCCAUUUUUGUAAAUAAAAUAGUUUUGCACUAA